GAUAACGUUGUUAUUAGGAGAUAUGCAACGGUGAAAAUUCGUCUUUAACCCGUGAGUCAGACCUAGAGUCUUCAGAAAGAACUGCACCACUUUAUAUGCAAAAAAACAGAAGAAAUUUGAAGUUCUCUUCAAGGAUAUCUUUAUGAUUGACGAAUCAUCAUUAAAGAAAUGGCCACGGAGGCAGAAGAGACUGUACCAGGGGCACCCUGGUACACAAAGUUCUUCGAGUACUGGAGAAACCGGAACCGAGUGGGUCCAGGCAAGGUAGAGCUCCCCGAUUGCGACUUCUUCAUCGUGGGUCCAAGAAGAACGUUGAGGAUCUUGAAACCGACCCUGAAGAGCGGAUGGUUCUACGAGAACACCAACGAUCGUCCAGAAUCCAUCAUAGACAACUUCUUCACUCGUUGGUCCCGGAGGCCUCAUUCUUCAGGGAACUGUAGGUGUUCCUUCCGGCAGUCCAGGAGACUGAGCACUACCGAGGAGCAGAUUAUCUCUGCAGAGUUGAACAGGAUCAGAACCAGCCUCUGCGAGGCUGAAAAGAGCGAGCGUGGAAUAGAGGAACUCGAGCAGAGGGUGUCUGUAAACUUGCAGAAGCUUCAGGUCGCCGAGGUUGAGCCAGUUAAAACGGAGGAGAGAAAGGAUGAUGAGGAGAUUGAUAAGAAGGAUCAACAGGCGGACGAACAGAAGAUCAAGAACAAAAUCGUGAAGGAUCUAGAGAAGUACAUCAACGUGCUGCUGGAGGAGAUCUUGGACGACACGGUGAGGUACAUCGCCGGCGCGGAGGACACUCUUAUCAAAGAUCCGCGGGUUGGUAACAAGGAAAACGGCUCCAAGCAAUCGAGCACGGAUAAAGAAGCGUCGGACAAAAGGAAAACGGAGGACGAUGAACCGUUCAAAGACAUCAACUUCUCUUUCCAUGCGGAGAAACAAGAGGAGAAAAACUGCAAGAACGAAGGCUACGUGAACCGAGGCUUCAUAGGAUCCGCCAACGAUCCAGAUUCCCUGGACUUCUACCUGAGGCCUGAAGUCACUUUGGAACAAUUAGAUUGCAUCGAUUCAGGUAUCAACAGCGUGGAGACAAUAGAGUUUCAGCCGGACCAGGAGCCAAGCCUGGAGCAAUCGUUGUUGAGGAUCAUCGACGAGAAAUUGGGCAGAACGCCACUGUUGCUGAGGAACAGUUGGGAGGAUCUGAGUGGCACAGGUAGCCAACAGAACGAUCCUCGAGGUCAGCCGACAAAGAGAACGGACGGGACGAUGAUUCCGAGAAGCGGCGAGCAGCUGACCAACGAGGGAUCGGAGGUCACCGGGGAGAAUGAUGCGGAAAGGAACGAGCCGCAGGAUUCGAGCGUUCAAAGCGUCGAAGGAAUCGAUAUCUCGACGGAUAAUCUCGAGAGCGGCGAGGAAACUGUUAACGAGGCCAGUUUCGAGAAGCUGCGGCUCGAAUUCAAGGGCAACGAGUCGUCCUUCAGGACCAAGAAGAACAAGCUCAAGGAAAAGCUCUGUAACCCUGUCGAGUCAGACGAAUCCAGUUGGAACGAGAAGAUGGGAAGGUUCGAACUUAGAACCGAGGCUGCUUCCAUUGAACUGGAGGAUUACAGAAAAACAUGGCCAAAUAUCGAGGAAAUGGAUUCUUCUCCUCCGGAUCUGGUGACAUUCCGAAGAAACAGAAAACCUAUGAUCGUAUUUCUUCAUGGCUUCGGAUCAUCCGCAGAGAUCUUUGAACAUCAGCUCCGCUACUUUUCCGCUUUGGGUUAUCCUUGCAUCGCUCCUGAUAUGCUGGGACACGGGAUGAGUUCAGCACCUAGUCGAUCAAGAGAUUAUCAUUUUAAUAAGCUGCUGAAGGAUUUGGACACCGUCCUUUGUCAUUAUGCAUUCAGGCCGGGUCAAAAAUGUGUCCUGGUCGCGCACAACUAUGGAUGCAGUUUUGCAGCCGCAUUGGCCUGUAAAUACGACACCAGUAUCCAUCAGCUAGUCCUGAUAUCCGGAGGUGGUCCAACACCAUUGGCAGCGCCCAGCACGGAGAGCGCUGGUCAUUGUUGCCUGAGAGCGAUUUUAGCACCAUUUUUAAUGUGCGGCCUUCACAGAGAUAUAUUAUAUUCGGCGAGGGGCCGUCAACACCCUUACUGCGGCCCCGAGCCACCAGAACAAUGGCCAUCGCACAUGAAACACGUUUUGGACGGCAUGGUCUGGCCGGAAGGGGACUACGUCUUCCAUAGAAGGAUAUGCACGCCGACUCUUCUCAUACAUGGACUAAGGGACAACAAAGUGUCGCUCGUGCAGGAAUGCCAGAUGGAGAGGACCAUGUUGAAGGCUUUUCUGGAAGCCAUACCGACUGCCGCGCACACACCAAUGACUGAUUGCCCGGACCAAGUGAAUCACAUGAUUCAUUGUUUUAUAGAUCUAUGGAAGAAUAAGAAGGUGGUAACGGUGAAAUGACUGGGUAUAUGUGUUCACUAAAGCAGCACAUAUUGUUAUUAUUUGAUAAGAUUAUAUUUAAAUCAAGUUCUUUGUACGGGUACUUUACUCAUUGUACAUGACAGAGAAGACACAGUGCCUUGUGCUUGAUUUGCCACAGCGAAUUGAAUGCAUCGAGACAAAGAUUAGAAUCGUUUGUAUAUAAAUCUAAGAGUCUAACAGGUGAAAAUUCAUUUGUAUAGAAUACUAUUUUUAUACAAUUGCAAUGAACUAACCAAUCCUUUUUUAAUAACUAUUUUAUCUUUUUUACGAGUUUUUAUAUGAACGUAGGAUACUGAAGUUUUGUAAAAUUGUAUAGUAACUGUGCCAAAACGUGUACACGAUCGUUGAAACGAUUCUGUUUAAAUUUUCGCAGCCUUUAAUUGAUUCUUUUUCUUCAAAUGAAUGUGUAAAAUACAAUGUAGAGGCUAUGUAGUAGCGUAUAAGUUAUACCAAAGAUGAUUUUAUGCAAAUGUUAUUUUAUGUGUUCUAACGGAGUAUAACUUAUUCGUUUACAAUAAAAUUGUGUACAGAUA